UUUUUCUCUCUCUUUUCACUAAAGCCAAUUCACAAACCCCCCUUUUUCAUUUUUAUAUACCAACUUACUCAAUUUUUUUCCACAAUGGGUAAGGCAAAGAAGACGCGGAAGUUUGGCGAGGUCAAGCGCAUGAUCAACCCCAAGGACAUGCGGCUAAAGCAGAACCAAGUAAAGGCACAGGAGAAGAAAGAAACCGAGGAGAAAGCCGUAGUCAAACACGUCGACCGCGAAUCCUCAAACAUGUUCUUCAAGUACAACACAGCCCUGGGUCCCCCGUACCAUGUCAUUAUAGAUACGAAUUUCAUAAACUUUGCGUUGCAAAACAAGCUGGAGUUGGUCAGAGCCAUGAUGGACUGCCUUUACGCCAAGUGCAUUCCGUGCAUUACUGAUUGCGUUUUGGCGGAGCUGGAGAAGUUGGGGCCUAAGUACAGGAUCGCCCUGAGGGUUGCUAGGGAUCCGAGGUUUGAGCGGCUGCCGUGCUCGCAUAAGGGCACCUAUGCUGAUGACUGUAUUGUUCAGCGGGUUAUGCAGCACAGGUGCUAUAUUGACUUGAAGAGGAGGAUUAGGAAGGUGCCUGGUGUGCCCAUCAUGUUUAUUGUCGGACACAAGUUCUCCGUUGAGCGGCUGCCCGACGCUUAUGGCGCGCCAAAGCAGACCCACAGUGGAAAGUAGAAUCAAUAGGAUGGGAGAAGCAACCUUUGUGGCGAGUUUAUUUUUGAAUAUAUAUAUAAAAUUAGUUAUAAUCAAAUCAA